AGACAGUCAUUUGGCCCCGCACAGCCAGGGAGCACAGCCCCCCAGCUACAGUCGAAUCCAAGUUGUGUGUGUUUGCUUGUGCGUGUUAACGACAUUGAGUGACUCUCCCAGUGUGUAGCCGUUGCUUUGGCUUGAAAAUAGAAACGUUACCAAACGCCACCGCUGCUACGCAGAGACUUCACACAAAUACUCUGAAUCAAGCCAAAAUUGCAACCGGGAUUUAGUGCUAACAUUUACUGAACCGUUGAAACUAUUAUUUCUACGAAAUUAUUCCACAAGUUAUAAAACAAUACGAUUCGGAUUAUCAUCAUCUGGAUACACACAGUAACCAAGGAAUCUUUGAAUGACUGAUUAAGUAAGGAGGGAUAAAAAUGAGUGAAUCGACCAAGAACGAGUCGGAAUCUUCGUCGACAACGGCUGUUCCCAGCGGAACCCCGACGGUGGUGCCUGUCGGUCCUGGAUCGAAUCAAAGUUCCGCCCAGUCCGCGCCAUCUUCCGUUGUCGAGGCCAUGCAAUCGCCCAUGGGUCCAACACAAAUCCCCGCUCAAUUCGUGUUCCAGCAACAAAUUAUGGCUAGUCCUCAACAACAACAGCAGCAGCAGCUGAUGGCCAGCCCUCAACAGCAACAACAACAGGGAGGGAACACACCUGGUCCGUCUCCUGGUGGCCCGCAAACGCAACCCGGGGGAGGAGCGAACCCUUCUCCGAUGAAUGGCGGUAUGAAUGCUGCCAUGACCAUGAAUCCGUCAGCGAUGAGUACGAUCAAUAUGUCGGCUAUGAACUCAAUGAUGCCUUCUCUGGCCAACCACGGUAUGGCCGGCAUGACGAUGACGAGUAUGAAUGCUGCCGGCUUUCAACAAUCAAUGGGUCAUCCGGUUAUGUCCUCUGGAGCAAUGCCUCAGGUUCAGGUUAUUCAGCAGCAGCUACCCUAUUUACAACAGUUGUACAGCAAUGCCCAGGGACAGCAAUUCCUUAUGCCCGGGAACAUUUCUUUGCAACCGACGGGUGUCAAUCAGACAAUCCAGUCAACCAAUUUCGGACAACCUAUUCAGGUAAUUGCUGCUGGGAAACCAUUUCAGCCUGGACAGUUAACUCCACACCUUCAGAUUACUGGCAACAAUAUGAUAAAAAGUCACCAGAAUGAUAACAAUGCAAUACUUCAGUUUUUCAACAAUGCAAGAAAUAAUGGUUGCAUUCCAACAUCAAACAAUCAAACUUUGGUUAUUGGACCGUUGAUCACCAACACCCAAGCUGGCAACUACACUCAGCAGGGUCAACAAACAAAACCAAAUGAAAUGAAUAAACAGAAUCAACAACAGCAGCAACAACAGCAACAGCCAUAUUUUCAAGUUGUCAAUGGCAUGCCCCCAAAAUCCCCAGUCAUGGCAUCUACAGUUGGAAAUGUCAAUAAAAAUAAUAUGCCUGGUGGAACUGUUUCAGUAAGCCAGGCAACUAAUAUGCUACCACAGCCACAAAUUGUUACCUCACAAGCCAACUCUGCACCUAUGCAAAUUGGUGGACCUAUGCAACCAAUGCAGAUCAUAAGUCAAAUGCAGGGCUCGCAAAUGGGACAAUCUUUAGGAUUUUUACCUCCGAAUUUUUACCAGUUCGCGACUUCAGGAGGUAUUGGAGGCCAACAAGGUCCUAUAAUAAUCAGACAACAUGGCCAGCCUGACGGAAUGUUUUUUCAAGCCGCACCUCAGCCAACAAUCACUGCGCAAGCAGCGCCACCGCAACCUGUUUCUGCCCUUACCCCAGCUAUUAAACCAAGAACUGAGACUCCAUCAAAAGCAGGCGGUACACGACCGUUAUCGACGAUAUUACCGUCCUCGUCUGGAACUUCUACGACACCGACACCGAUUCGUCCAGCCUCAUCAAUGUCUAAUCAGACUUUUGCAACAGGCACGGCCACUGGUGCUCAAACUGGAAACCCUAGACCUGCUGGAAAGACAAAGAAAGUUGGACGACCUCCGCAAAAUCAGCCGCGACCAGUAGCGCCUACAGUUGUGCAAGCUCAGCAGACUCUACUACAACCGGUGCAACAACAACAACAGCAGCAACUUCAGCUUCAACAACAGCAGCAACAACAACAGCAGCAGCAGCAGCAACAACAACAUCAACAACUGCAUGCUGUUUCUCAGCAACUCAUUGCUCAACAGUUCCAGAUGCAAAAUUCCUUCCAGAUUCAGCAGUAUCAGCAACAGCACCAGCAACCGACCCUCAUGUCACUUCCAGCUUUUCAACAAGUGACCCAACAAACUCUGGAUGCAAAUCAGCAUGCUCAAUUUCAGCAAGCCAUCAACGACCAGCAGCAAGCUCAGCAACAGCACCAACAGCAGCAGCAACAACAACAGCAGCAGCAACAACAACAACAACAGCAGCAGCAGCAGCAGCAACAACAACAGCAACAUCAGCAACAUCAGCUGCAACUUCAGUACCAAAUGAACAAGCCAGUCAUGGCAGUAGCUUCUUCGGCGGCCACAUCGUCUGCUGCUUCUAACAGCGUAACCACCACUACGCAGAGUGCCCCUCAGCAACAGCAACAACAACAACAAAAUAUGAUGUCUCCUGCUCCAAUGCCUACCCAACAGCCAAUGCAAAACGUUGCACCUACGAUCCAGCAGGUGAUCCCGCAACAAUCCCAACAACAGCCAGGAUUGAUGCAGAUACCUCCGUGUAUUUCAUCUGCAUCCUUCGGCCCGAUUACCACCACAACAACAACUACGCAUGCGGUUCGUUCCAGCUAUAAACCGAUUGCCCCGGCGCCUCCACAACAGCAUCAUGCCGGCCAACCUCCUAAUUUAAUAGCUAUGGCACCUCAUCCCCACCAAGUCAAUAUGACUUCGAACGAGAAAACGGAUCAACAACAUCCACAAAUCUUGACUAUUCCUGUAGGAUCUACAGUAUAUCCAAUGAAUAUGACAGGAACGCAUAACAUUCGAUCCGCCACGCCUAUGAAUAAUUUCCAAACGAUGAAUGGGGAUCUUGCACAACAUCAGCAAGGACAAUUAAAUAUUCAUAUGCCAAUGUCUAGCAGCCAGUCUACGACUUGUUUUAUUACCAACCCAACCGUGACUUCAGCAUCCCGAAUGUCUGCCCCAUUGGGAGGUGGGUUGAUCACCGUUGGCCCAGCUGCACCUCUUUCCGCUAUGGCUAGUAUGACUCACGCAGUACCUCCAUCAUCGUCUCCUAUCACCAUUUCCACUCAGGGACCACGAAUGGCUAUGCCUCCUUUACAGCCAGUUACAGUGACCGUUUCAGCAUCUCCAGCACCCCAAUUUCCACUUCCAUCACCCGCUCGCCAACCAUCGACACCUCUACUCAGCACGGCCGAAAAAGUGGAAGAACCGAAACAAUCUCCUCGGACACCAGCCGAGCCUAUUCCCGUUCCUUCCGCUCCUACACCAACUUCAUCUGUGGAAGAUGUUCCGGCGAAAAAAGAAGCAUCUCAAGUGAAUGGCACCGGCCAACAGAAUGAAAACCAUAUAACGAAUCAUUCUCCAGCGUUACGUGAGAAGAAGGAACCCAAUUUGCCUCAAGCAGUUGUCCGGCCCCAAAUACUGACGCAUGUUUUGGGUGAUUUUGUAAUCCAAGAGUCAUCGGAACCUUUCCCUGUCGGUCGAUUCCAUCCGAAUGAAUCUUUAACACGCUGCAAUGGCCAUCGAAAUAACGAAAACAAUUUCAAAUUGGAUGGAGAACCUCCAAAGAAAAAACUCCAUGUGGAACAACCCACAGAGAACCAUCAGUCUCCGCCAUUGGCACCUCAGCCACCUGCCACAACUAUAACCAACGAACUCCAGCAAAUGUCAACUCCUAAAGGAGCUACAAUGGCAACAUGCGAGGGAUGUGGAAAAAUGGAUUUUGUCGCCAAAUCACGCCGCUCAAAACGCUUUUGUUCCACAGCUUGCGCGAAAAAGCCUGCAAUUAAUGCUACUCCGGCAGUAGUAACCGUACAAUCGCAAUAUCAGCAACAACAAGAAACUGUUUCGACAACGACAACUGCUAACGGCCAGGGAGCAAAAUCAGCCGGUGGUGGUGGAUUGCUGACAACAGCGACAUCAACGACACAUUCACCAGUUGCUUCAAUAACAAUUGACAUAAACAAAUUGGCUCCUCCAUCGGCUGCAACAGUUCCUCCUUGCACAACCCCGACAACUAAUUUUGCACCUUCAGGAGAUAAGGAAGAUAGCAGUUUGGACGCAGAGUUGUUGGCUCUAGCUGCACAGCAAACGCGUUCCCCUACAACAUCUCUUCCGCAAACCCCAACUCAACAGCCGAAACCGGAAUGCAAAACCAAUCCUGCUAAAUGGAGCGUUACCGAGGUAGCUGAUUUCGUGCGGAGUCUAACUGGUUGCGCUGACUACGCUGAGGAUUUCGCCAUGCAGGAAAUUGAUGGCCAAGCUCUUAUGUUGUUGAAAGCAGAUCAUUUGAUGUCGGCCAUGUCCAUGAAAUUGGGACCGGCGUUGAAGAUUUGCGCCAAGAUCGAUGCUAUGCGCGGCGCAUCCUCUGCGGAAGGCGGCAACCAAUCAAAUGGAAAUUAGCACGGAAAAUGUUCUAGAAUUAGUUCAUCUCGCUUAUCUCUCAUACAACCAGAACUUGAUAUGUGUUAUAUUUGCCCAAAAUCUGACUGUAAUUUGACUCAUUGUAUUUUUCUGUCUAUAGUUUGUUGAUGAUUUACAGUAAGUUAAUCUUUGUCAUUUCUUAUCACGUAUUUUCUGGGUGGUGCACCUCUAUUACAGUAAUUCUCACGAC